AACUCCACCGUCAUCCCACAGACAAGCACCCACACUCGCCCUCGUCCUCCUCCGUCCUCGCUCGCCCAUCGUCAAGCCUCCAUCCAUCAUCCUCAUCAUCUCGUAACCUCGUCGACAAGUCCCCCGCACCGCAGCCACCAUGAGCGUCGAGAGAGUCUCGUCGUAUCGCCGCUACUUCGAGGGAGAAUCCCUGCACAUGCGCGCCUCCAGUCCAUCGCCCGUGCGGAGCGCUCUGCUCCGGGGCUCAAGUGCUGCCCGUGCCGGGAGCGCUUCGCCCGGCCGCGGAUUCGCCUCCUCUACGCAGCGCCGCUCCGCCAGCAUCGCGAUCGGCUCCCGACGCAGCGGCUACUCGGCGUCGUACGGGCUGCACGGGGCUCGAGCCUCCAGAUUCGGCGCAGGAUCCGGGGGUCCGGGUCCCGAUCUGGUCGCGGCCAGCGCUCAGAAUGCCGAGUACCGCGCCGCGAGAUGCAGCGAGAGGCAGGAGUUGGUGGGACUCAACGAUAGGCUCGCCGUCUACAUCGAACUCGUGCGCACACUGGAGCAAGACAACCGCAUGCUAGAGGCGGAGAUCGAGGCGCUGAUGCGUCGCGACACGAAGCCCACGGGGCUGCGAGCGCUCUACGAGGCUGAGCUCAAGGAGCUGCGCCGAGCCGCCGAGAGCGUGCGCAUCGAGCAGGACUCCGCCGUGGCAGAGAAAGAUUCCCUGGCCGCAGAGUUGGCGGUGAUCAUGAGCAAGUACGACAUCAUUCUGCAGGAGAGGAAGGACGCCGAGGCUGAGUUGGAUGCCUUCCGGCCGGACGUUGACGCCGCCACCUCAAAGAGAGUAGACCUGGAGGCCCAGAUCGAGCUGCUGGAGCGAGAACUUGAGUUCCUGAAACGCGUGCAGCAUCAGGAGAUCGAGGAGCUCAUGGCCCAGAUCCAGGUGGUGUCCGCCACCGUGGAGCUCUCGUACGGGCUGCCCGACCUCACCAACGCCCUGCGGGACAUCCGUGCACACUAUGAGGACAUCGCCUCCAAGAAUCUCAAGGAGAUGGACGACUGGUACAAGAACAAGUUUGCCGACGUCAGCCAAAACAGCAGCCGCAACGUCGAGGAAUUCUGCAUCCUCAAGAAGGAGCUCUCCGACUCAAAACUCCUGAUACAAGCGCUUGAGAGGGAGUUGGAGAACCUCAAGUUGAGGAACUCGGCUUUGCUCGCCCAGAUCAAGGACACGGAGGAGAAGUACCGCAUCGAGCUGGAACAGUACCAGUUGCAACUAGAUACUCUCAAGGAAGAGCUGAGGUCCACCAAGGAGAAGAUGGCCAUCCACCUUCAAGAAUAUCAGGACCUUCUUAAUGUCAAGAUGGCUCUGGACAUUGAGAUCGCCACUUACCGAAAACUCCUGGAAGGCGAGGACUGUCGCAUCUCGGCGAUGGUGAGUGAGUUUUCAAGCGGCUGGAGCAGCUCUGGACACCAACACCAGCAGUCGUCUUUCCAGGAGCAGAAGGUGGUGGAGACAACCGAGAGGAAGACACUCAUCCGAUCAUCAAAGUCGUAAAUGUUACUGGACUACAAUGAGUGUGAAGACAAUCGCGUGGAUUGCAACUUCACGGGACGAGGCUUAUUGUAGACAAGCGCCAUGUACCAACAUGCUACGAUGAUGAAUAAAUAUUAAAAUGAGCUAUUAAAUGCUUGCCUUGCACGACUAGAACACGCUGUACCACAUAGACAUAACGAUGUCUAAGCACAGUCUUUUUCUCAAGCAGAUUUUUUUGCCAGUGGCUCAGAUGACUCGUGGUGGUUUAUACAACAUCAGCGCAAUGGGACAGCUUGGCGGAGUUCCUGCGCUAGAUUCCUAUGAUCGCACACACACACACGCCUGUCAUACAAAAAAAAACGAGUUCUCAAGUGCAGCACCUUCUGUGCGGUUCUUUGUUUUCCUUUUGUCAUUUCGGUGACCCCCGGGGGUCAAUCUUGCAAACGACUCAUUCCUGGUCCACUGAGUGCUCACCUGCUUAUCAAUUAAACAUCAAUGGGCUCAGGUUCAUCACAGGGACGCGCUGCACUCAAAAGGAACCCAACUUCAAUUAAACUUGCGGUUUGAAAUGAAUUCCACCAAUUCCAGCUCUGAAGGUUUAUUCAGCAGACAGGUAAAGCGGAUCAGUGCUCACUUUGUUUGCACGGCUAAAGACUCGUACGGUCUAGCAGCUGUGAUGACAAGCUUACGAACGAGAUUGGCAAAGGUGUGCGACUGUGGUGUAAUUCGCCGGUAUUCUCUGCAAGAAAGCAAAAGUAUCUGCGGUGGGAUCUGGUUUGCUUGGAACGCGUCGUCUAAAUGUGGGCAGCAGAAUUGGAAUACAUCCUGUGAAAAUCAUUAACCUUAAACGCAAUUGUGAACAAUAUACUCAAUAAAGCUGCAUGAAUAA